AUGCUCGCGGCGCCGGCCGUGCUGUGCGUGUGCGCGGCCGCCUGGUGCGGUCAGCUUCUCGCGGCCGCAGCCGGGGGGCGGUCGGACGGCGGCAAUUUUCUGGAUGAUAAACAGUGGCUCACUACUAUUUCUCAGUACGACAAGGAAGUCGGACAGUGGAACAAAUUCCGAGACCUCUAGAUCCAGCUAAAGAUCCAUGCUUAAAGAUGAAAUGUAGUCGUCAUAAAGUGUGCAUUGCUCAGGAUCCUCAGACAGCAGUCUGCGUUAGUCACCGGAGGCUCACACACAGUAUGAAGGAGUCAGGAGCAGGCCAUAAGCAGGGGAGGGGUCCCCUGUCAUCCACCUGCAAGCAGUGCCCAGUGGUCUAUGCCAGUCCCGUUUGUGGUUCAGAUGGUCAUACCUAUUCUUCACAGUGCAAACUAGAAUAUCAGGCAUGUGUCUUAGGAAAACAGAUUUCAGUCCAGUGUGAAGGACAUUGCCCGUGUUCUUCAGAUAAGUCGACCAGCGGGAGCAGAAAUGUUACCAGAGCUUGCAGUGACCUGGAGUUCAGGGAAGUGGCAAACAGAUUGCGGGACUGGUUCAAGGCCCUUCAUGAAAGUGGAAGCCAGAACAAGAAGCCGAAACCGCUGCUGAGGCCCGAGAGAAGCAGAUUUGAUACAAGCAUCUUGCCAAUUUGCAAGGACUCACUUGGCUGGAUGUUUAACAGACUCGAUACAAACUAUGACCUGCUAUUGGACCAGUCAGAGCUCGGGAGCAUUUUCCUUGAUAAGAAUGAGCAGUGCACCAAGGCGUUCUUCAAUUCUUGUGACACGUACAAGGAUAGUUUGAUAUCUAACAAUGAAUGGUGUUAUUGCUUCCAGAGACAGCAAGACCCACCUUGCCAGUCGGAGCUCAGCAAUAUUCAGAGGCGACAAGGAAUAAAGAAGCUUCUGGGACAGUACCUCCCUCUGUGUGACGAGGACGGCUACUACAAGCCGACACAGUGCCAUGGCAGUGCUGGCCAGUGCUGGUGUGUUGACAGAUACGGAAAUGAGGUCAUGGGAUCCAGAAUAAAUGGUGUUGCCGAUUGUGCUGCCGAUUUUGAGAUCUCUGGAGAUUUUGCAAGUGGAGAUUUUCAUGAAUGGACGGAUGAUGAGGACGCUGACGAUGAUAUCGUGAAUGAAGAAGAUGACAUUGACAACGACGACGAGGACGGAGGAGAGGAUGGUGACGACGGUGACGGCCAUGAUGGAUACGUUUGACUGACGACAGAGGAGAUUAAUAAAUGCUGCGUUUCCAAGACCUACAAAGGGACAGCCUGCUGAGAAUUACCUUCUUGCCCCCAACAAAAUGAUUCUAAAUCUCAUAUAUUUUGUAUAAUUAUUUCAGAUAUUGAAGCGAAAGUCAUAGAACUUUAUGUUUAAGUAAGAAUCGUUUGCUUUGAGUUUUUAUAUGCCUUACAGAAAAAGAAAACGCAUAUGGAGUCUAGCCAGACAGGGAGAGCCGUGAGGAGCUACUAAAAUGCACUUUUCAUAAGAAAAA